AUGGCUACCACCCCUAUCGCCGCCGGCGAGACGUCACGCCAAUAUGUUCCUCUCACCUGCCACGGCCACUCCCGACCUGUUCCUCACGUCUGCUUCUCUACCCUCGGAGGAGAGCAGUACUACAUGAUCUCUGCCUGCAAGGAUGGAAAUCCCAUGCUGCGCGAUGGCAUCACCGGCGACUGGAUCGGAACCUUCAUAGGCCACAAGGGUGCCGUCUGGCAGGCCAGGCUGAGCCCGGAUGCCUCCAACGCUGCCACCGCCUCCGCCGACUUCACCGCAAAGGUCUGGGACACCCACAGCGGCGAGGUCCUUUAUACCCUCCAGCACAACCACAUCGUCCGCGCCGUUGCCUACCCUCCUGACAACUCCGACCUGAUCGCGACUGGCGGCAUGGAGAAGAAGCUCCGUGUCUUCGACCUCAGCGACUUCCCCUCCGACCCGAACGCCCCCGCUGGCACUCCCGUCACCGUCCAGGCCUCGGCCGGCUUCGAGAUCGGCGAGGGCACCCACACCGGCUCGAUCAAGUUCAUCGCGUGGACUAAGGAUCCCAACACGAUUGUGACCGCUUCCGACAACACCCUCCGCUGGUUCGACCUCCCCACACGCCAUGUCAUUCGCAAGGAGGUUCUCGACGCCGAGAUCAAGUCUUGCGAGCUUGUUUCUCUGGCUCCCGAGUUCACUUCUCCUGGCGACAUCGGCAACGGUCUUCCGGUUCUGGCUGUCGCGGCCGGCAAGUCCGUUCACUUCUGGGGCGGUCCUCAGGCAAUGGAUGAGCUGAAGCGCUUCAACUUGGAGCACGGCGCUGCCAGUGUAGGCUUGGAUCUCAAGGGUCGCAAGUUCGUCGUGGGAGAGGACCCCGGCACCUGGGCCCACGUCUACCGCUGGGACGACUGCAGCGAAAUUGAAACCCUAAAGGGCCACCAUGGUCCUAUCUGGUCCAUCACCUUUGCUCCCGACGGCAAACUGUACGCUACCAGCUCUGAGGAUGGUACCAUCAAGCUUUGGAAGAACUGUGAUGGUUUCUACGGUCUCUGGCGCGGUGCCACCAACGCAGAGCGGACCGUGGAUUAG